AUGUAAGAAGAUUACACUUAUCAAGUAUGAUCUAAUAUAAGAUUUUUUAGAUUCUAAAAAAAUGCAACGGGAAGGUUAUAAUAUAGAUAGAUGAGCAAUUAUUGAAUGUUAUCAAUACACAUUUCACAAUAAAACCUGAGUAGGCUAAAAAAGAGGUGCCUUAUUCGAUUAAGAAAUAACAUAAUUUCUAAAGACGAAUAGUACCUUUUUUUAUGAAUUAAUUCAUGCAUUGGGCAGAAGAGAUGGGAUAUAAAUAGGUUGAUGGAUAUUUGAGAGCUAUUCAUAAGAAGAAAACAUCAAAAUAAUAAAAGUUUGAGUUAGGAGAUCUUAAGAAAUUAUUUGGUUGUAUUAAUCCACGAACCAAGAUCAUAUAAAUUGAAACUCAGUAUAAAUGGAUUGAAUUCUUGAGUUUUUAAGCAGAGAUCUGUGUUGUUGUCAACAAUAAGAUCAAGGAUCAAUCAACCAAAUAAAUGUACAUUCAAGCAAUUGAGAAUUUAAAAGAUGAAUUAAAAAAGGAAUAACCUUAUGAUAAAUUUUUAAGUCUUCCAAAAAAAGAGAAAUCAAAUGAUUCUCUAAUAGAUGAAUCAAAAGAGUUAUCAAUCAAAGAAGAAUAUUCAAGUGAUGAAAUUGAUGAGUAAGCUCCAACUUAUAAAGAAGAUCCUUACUCUUAUUUAAGUUGUGCAUAUUCAAGUUAUGAUUGA